ACGCAGUCUCAUAAAACUACAAGAUAAGCUUCUUCAAUCUUCACCACUCUGAUUAAGUGUUUACAGUUCCUCACCAAUGGCUCUAGACUCGAAGGCGAUCAUUUCGAGGUUCCAAGAUUACCUCCGUAUAAACACCGUACAACCUAACCCUGAUUACUACGCAGCCGCAAACUUCAUUAAAUUACAAGCUCAGUCCAUCUCUCUCCAAUACCAAUCAAUCGAGUUCGUUCAGGGAAAGCCUAUUGUUCUCCUGAAAUGGGCUGGCUCAGACCCUUCGUUACCUGCGAUUCUCUUGAACUCUCACGUCGACGUCGUCCCCUUUGAGGCAGAGAAGUGGGAUCAUCCACCGCUAGGAGCAGAGAUCGACGAAGACGGUAGAAUAUACGCGAGGGGAACUCAGGACAUGAAGAGCGUUGGGAUGCAGUACUUAGAAGCAAUUCGAAAGCUUGUAGCCUCUGGAUAUAAGCCGCUUAGAUCGGUAUAUGUCACGUUCGUUCCUGAUGAAGAGAUCGGUGGCGCUGAUGGUGUUGGGCGGUUCGUGGAGUCGGAAAUAUUCAAGAGCUUGAGCAUUGCAGUUGUGCUUGACGAAGGCUUGCCAUCUCCAACGGAGAACUACAGAGUCUUCAAUGGAGAGAGGAUUCCAUGGUCGCUUCAGAUCAAAGCUGUAGGACAACCUGGCCAUGGCUCAAAGCUCUAUGAUGACUCAGCCUCAGAGAAUCUCACUAAAAGCAUUGAGAGUAUGAUGAGAUUCAGAGCUUCUCAGUUUGAUAUGCUCAAAGCUGGCUUGAAGCCUGACGGUGGCGUAGUCUCUGUCAACAUGGUUUUCCUCAAAGCUGGCACUCCUUCUCCAGAUGGAUUUGUGAUGAAUCUGCAACCAUCCGAGGCAGAAGCUGGCUUCGACAUUUGUAUCCCACCCACUGCUGAUCUAGUAGCACUAGAAAAACGUUUGGUUGAGGAAUGGGCACCUGUUUCCCGGAACAUGUCCUAUAAGCUGUGGAGGUUCGACCAGAAUCUUUCAGGGAAGCAAUUACUUACCGGAAAUGAUAAUUCAAAUCCAUGGUGGGGACUCUUACAAAACGCUGUGAAUGAAGCUGGAGGGAAGACUACUGAGCCUGAGAUCUUCCCUGCAUCAACAGAUUCUCGGUACUUCCGGAAAGCUGGCUUGCCUGCGUUUGGGUUCUCUCCUAUAUCAAACACCCCAAGUUUGCGGCAUGAUCACAAUGAGUAUCUGAGUCAAGCUGAGUAUUUGAGGGGCAUUGAUAUGUAUGUCUCAAUCAUUAAGGCUUACACAUCAUAUUCUUCACCCUGAAAAAGAGGGUUCAGCUAUAAGAGUCCGUGUCACCACGCAGUUUUCUCUUGCUCACCCAUAUGUUAUUAAUAAGAAUGAAAGUCAUUGCUACCAUGUGAACGUUUCUUGUAUAAACCUUGCGGUAGUAUGUUAUUAGACAAAAGGAUUUCCGCAAAC